CUUCCACCAUCAGUCACUGUCUUGACUUACCUCAGCACUGCGGUGUGUUUUGUACAUACGGAUCGGUUGGACUCGCCCACUCCUUGAGGGUGCUUGCGCCAGCAAAUAUGCGGCUACGCUUGCUCUGGAUCGUCUUGCUGGCUGUCACUCGUACAGCUUUGGCUGAUGACGAGGGAUAUAAUUACCCUAGGCCGACAAACCAACUUAUACCAGGUACUUCAGGAGGAGGAACUGGCAAACCAGGAGGAUUUCCAACUGCCCCCGGAGGAUAUCCUUCUGGUAGUCCAGGUGCACCUGGAAUUCCUGGAGAACAAGGAGCUCCUAGUGGGCAACCUGGAAGACCAGGUGGUUAUCCAUCAGGACCACCAGGAUUUCCAGGACGCCCAGGCGAUGCUCAACCAGGGAGACAACAGCCUAGCUUUCCAUCAGGUCCAGGACCUUCGGAGGGAUAUCCUAGUGGACGACCAUCAAUUCCAUUUCCAAGCGGUGAACCAACAGGAAGACCAGGAACGGGUCCCGGUAUACCGAGUGGACCAAGUGGACGACCAGAGGGAUUUCCAACAGGGCCAAGCGGUGGAUAUCCUAGUGGUAGACCUGGUGGGCAAGCACCAGGUGGAUUUCCAGGACAAAGACCUUUCGGAUACCCGAGUGGUGGGCCCGGCCAGAGAAAACCAGAAGGUCCUGGAUAUCCCAGUGGUCGGCCGAGUGGACAAGGACCAAGUGGAGGAUAUCCUAGCGGUCAAGCUCCUGGAGGUUAUCCCGGUGAAGUACAGAAGCCUAGUGGCCCGGAAAGUGGAUAUCCUAGUGGAGGGCCAGGAGCUGGCUACCCUGGAGGUACUCAAAGACCUAGCGGUCCUGGUCCACAAGGCGGACCAUCUACCAGCGGAUAUCCUAGUGGUAGACCAGGAGCGCAAAGACCAGGAGGCUACCCGAGUGGCCCGCAAGCACCAGGCCCGCAAGGACCAGGAGGGUUCCCAGGUGGACCAGGCCCGCAAGCACCAGGCCCGCAAGGACCAGGAGGAUUCCCAGGUGGGCCAGGCCCGCAAGGACCAGGAGGAUUUCCAGGUGGACCAGGCCCGCAAAGACCAGGUCCACAAGGACCAGGAGGAUUCCCAGGUGGGCCAGGCCCGCAAGGACCAGGAGGGUUCCCAGGUGGACCAGGCCCGCAAGGACCAGGAGGGUUCCCAGGUGGACCAGGCCCGCAAGGACCAGGAGGAUUCCCAGGUGGGCCAGGCCCGCAAGGACCAGGAGGAUUUCCAGGUGGACCAGGCCCGCAAGGACCAGGUCCACAAGGACCAGGAGGAUUCCCAGGAACUGGUCAUCCAGUAGGUCCUGGCGGACCUGGAGAAUAUACGCAUGAGGGUGAGGGAACAUACGACGAAGGUGAUUAUUCAGCUAUUCCGGGCGAACCUGGUCGCGAUUAUCCUAUAUACAGUGAAAUUCCGGAGACCAGUUUCCGUUGCGAUGCCCAACAAUUCCCUGGUUACUAUGCCGACGUGGAAGCCCAGUGCCAAGUUUUUCACAUAUGUGCCAACAAUAAGACCUACGAUUUCCUUUGUCCAAACGGAACAAUUUUCCAUCAGCAAUUUUUCGUUUGUGUAUGGUGGAAUCAAUUCGACUGUAAUUCCGCGCCAAGCCUUUACUAUUUAAAUGAAAAUAUUUAUGACUACACCAUAAUGGGAAGUCAAGGUCAAGGACCUGCAGGACCUUCUGGACCUAGUACUUAUCCAGGAGGUCCAGGUGCUCCUAGUGGCCCAGGUGGUCCAAGUUAUCCAGGAGGUCCAGGCGCUCCUAGUGGUCCAAGUUAUCCAGGAGGUCCAGGCGCUCCUAGUGUUCCAAGUUAUCCAGGAGGUCCAGGCGCUCCUAGUGCUCCAAGUUAUCCAGGAGGUCCAGGCGCUCCUAGUGGACCAAGUUAUCCAGGAGGUCCAGGCGCUCCUAGUGGUCCAAGUUAUCCAGGAGGUCCACAACGUCCUGGUGGUCCAGGUUAUCCACGAGAAGGACCUCAAGGUCCGUCAAGGUCUGGCGGUCCAGGUUAUCCAGGAGGACCGGGAGCUCCAUCCGGUCCGGGACCGCAAGGUCCAUCGGGUCGACCAGGACCUGGAUAUUUAGGUCCGCCAUCAGGACCACCGAGUCCUCAAGGACCUCAAGGGCCAGGUGGACCUGGAUAUCCUGGAAGACCUCAAGGACCUCAAGGGCCAAGUGAACCAGGAUAUCCUGGAAGACCUCAAGGACCUUCCGGACCUACUGGACCAUCGACGAGACCUCAAGGACCUAGUGGUCCGGGAUAUCCAGGACCAGGUGGACCAUCUCCAGGAUAUCCAGGACAACCUCAAGGACCCACUGGUCCACAAGGUCCAAGCGACUUCCUGGGUGCACCAGGUCGUCCGCAAGGACCUAGUGGCCCAAAUGGAUAUCCCAGCGGUAGACCAAGUGGUCCAGCGUUCCCAAGUGGGCCUUCUGGGCCAGGAGGUAUCCCUGGAAAACCCGAGACGGGUUCGCCGUUCCCACCGCAAGGACCAGCGAAACCUGAUCGUGAGUACUUGCCGCCGCGGAUUGGUUAAACACGAAGCUAAACUUACGGCUCCUAACGACAACUUUUAUCGUUAAUGCCGGAUGACGUGUAAAUACGAGCCUCCAUACUUGCGUAUAUGUAAUAACUAUAAGUGAUAUCGAUUAUUCGUAUUGCAUUUACACUUUUACAUAUAGGGAAUUUGAUUAUUCUGCUUAACUAUUUACUCAUCCUUUCUAGGAUUU